AUGAAUAUUCUAUUAUAUUUUUGUACUUAUUUUAUUUUUGUCAUAUCCAUAUAUUGUAUGCCUCCUUUCAAAAAGGGAAAUGAAAAUUUUCCUUCAUCUGCCUCAAUAGAGGAUACUAUAAAUGUGGAUUCUUCUUAUCCAUCAUUUAACAUACAUUAUAAUUUCGAACCAAAGGAUUGGAAAAAUAUAGAACUAAUUGAAAAUGAAAAUAACCAUUUUUUAAAUGAAAUAAAUAAUGAAAUAAAAAUGAUGGAAGCGAGUAAAAAAAAAAUAUACUACGUUUUAAAUGUCCAAAAACAACAAUUUGAAGAGUUACUUUUUUUAAUAAAUCGAAUUAAAUAUUUAAAAAAUAACAAUAAAAAUGAAAAAUAUAAUGUUAAUAUGCCGCAAUAUUUAAGAACAGGGAAUUUCAAUAGUAAUAAUAAUAUAAAACCAAAUAAAGUCAUGGAAGUCUUUAAUCAAAUAGAUGAUUAUAUGUUUAAUACAUCCCCAAUAAUGGGGCAAGACAGUUUUUAUCACAAUUUGGCUGAACAAUGGAUUAGGUUAAAGUGA